AUGGAUCAGGUUAAGCUCCAGUUACGAUCGAACCGACCUGUUUAUCGAAGCUUCUACAGCAAACAAUCAAACUCCAGAUCAAGAAUUUUGCUGUACACUUCAAUUUCCAUAGCCGUCAUAGUGUUUUGCUGCAUAUUGUUUUUUCCGAACAAAAUGAGGCAAUAUACAAAAUACAUGGUGGUGAUCGAUGGGGGAAGCACAGGGACGAGGAUUCACGUGUUUAAGUACGAGGUCAGGAGUGGGAAUUUGGUGCUUGAUUUUACGGAGAAAGGGUUGGUAUCGAUGAAGGUGAAUCCGGGAUUGUCGGCCUAUGCGGAGGAACCCGAAAGGGCUGGGGCCGCAGUAGCAGAACUGGUGGAGUUUGCAAAGAAGAAUGUGCCUAGGGAGGGUCGGGGAGAGGCUGAGAUUCGGUUAAUGGCGACUGCCGGGAUGAGAUUGUUGAAGAAAGAGGAUCAAGAGAAGAUCUUGGAUGUAUGCCGUAGGGUUUUGAGAGGGUCUGGUUUUAGCUUCCAAGAUGAUUGGGCAACUGUCAUCUCGGGCUCUGAUGAAGGUUUAUAUGCUUGGGUUGUCGCAAAUUAUGCUCUUGGAACACUUGGAGGUGAUCCUGCAAAAACAACUGGGAUUAUUGAACUUGGUGGUGCUUCGGCUCAGAUUACCUUUUUCUCAAACGAGCCAAUGCCUCCUGAGUACUCUCGAACAGUUAAAUUUGGUAAUUUCACUUACAACCUCUACAGUCACAGCUUUCUUCAGUUUGGACAGAAUGUCGCCCUUGAAUUACUGAAGGAAUCUCUCGUUUCAAGAGGCCAAGAGACGGGUGUCAAAUCUCUUCAACAGGUGAAACCUAUGGAUCCUUGUACUCCUCGAGGGUACUUGCACGACAAAGGGACAUGGAAACUUUCUCCAAAGGGUAAUUUCUCUGAGUGCAGAUCUGCCUCAUUAAAGUUGAUGCAGAAAGGGAAAGAUAGAUGCUCUUAUCAAAGCUGCUACAUAGGAUCAACAUUUAUACCCAAGCUCCAAGGAAAUUUUUUGGCUACAGAAAAUUUCUUCUACACGUCGAAGUUCUUUGGCUUGGCCCCGAGAGCCUUUCUUUCUGAUCUCCUGGUUGCUGGACAACAAUUUUGUGAAGAGGAUUGGUCAAAAUUGAAGAAGAAAUACCAGUCUCUUGAGGAUGAGGAUUUGCAUCGCUAUUGCUUCUCUUCUGCAUAUAUUGUGGCCCUACUGCAUGACAGUCUUGGAAUGGCUUUGGAUGAUGAGAGACUUGGAUGCGCUAAUGAAGUACAGAAUAUCCCCCUUGACUGGGCAUUGGGAGCUUUCGUCUUGCAGAGCACAGCUAAGUUGGAUUUGCAGCAUUCUAACAGGAUUGACCUUGUAUGGAGAAAUCCUCAGUUGAAGACUAUUUACGAUCUUGAGAAAGGAAAGUAUAUAGUUACACGGCUUCGAGUGUUUAGUCUGGUUAUGAAGGAGGAGAAGAUGUUUGAGAAUGAUUUAAUGGUUGGCAGAUUAUUAGUAUUUCGCCCGCAAGAAGUUUGUGGCUUGAGAAGUGCAGACCUCGCUCUUAGACAAAGCAGAGAAGAUCGUCGAUUAAGGGUAAAGAAUCAGAGUACACUCGACACAGAUAAGAAACCAGCACCUGUAAGCAAGAAAUUCGAUCCAAACCAGUCAAGCAAAAGAAGAGUUCGACGAGGAUCAGACCCAAUCCAUAAUAAGACUUGA